GGGUUUGAGUAAUGUGAAGGACCUUAGUUGCAUUGAGGAUAGGUUACAAAGACAAGAAAAGCCUUGUAUUGUUAGAGAUAAAUUGCAAGAAGGGAGAAGCAGUACUGUUAAAGAUGUGAAAAGUGAAGGGAAGAACUUGUGCUCUUCAAUAGAUGAACUUUGUGAAGAUCAUUCUUGUGAUGACAAACUGGAUGAAAGCAUUUCGAGAGUUAAGGAAUUGGCAAAGGAUCAGUGUGCUUCUGUAAAAGUGAAAUUAGGGAAGCAUGGGAAAGAAGCAAAGGAAAAACAGAGUGAAAACACAUGCAAUAUUGAUGUUAAUGAAGAAAAGAAGAGAAUAAAAGAUGGCACUGAUAGUGAAAACACAGAGGAGCAAGAGAGUGACAGUGGUGUGGAAGAUAAGACUGCAUCCAACAUUCCCUUCAAAAAUGAAGGUAUGGUGGUGGUUCCAGCAAACACAGAGACUGCAGCAGGGGAAGAUUCUGAAGAAGAUCAUGUAUCGCUGGCUCUGGCUCUGGCACAGCUGGUCAAUUCAGAAUGUGGGGGAGAAGUUGAAGGUGCUGAGACUGUCACCAUACAUUCUGCCUCAUCUGUAGAUCACUUAGAAGAUGAAGCUGGAGUUGUUACCCUUGGAUGUAAAGCAGAAGAACUCAAGCAGAAAAACAAGGAAGAUGAUAUUCGAGAAGAAACUGAAAGCAAAGAGCCGCUGCCUAUGACUGUGCCAGAAAAGGUAACAGACCAGCUGGACUGCCUGGUAGAGAUGGGUGGGGAAGAAGAGGAUAAAAAUGCACGAUCCAGGAGUGGAUCGCCUCCACCACAGCCACCGCCACAGAAGUCCAGGAAACAGCUCCCUCCACUCAUCAAAAUCAGCUCUCGACCCCCAGCAAUCAAGACUCCAUUGAAGUGUCCAGAAUGUCCCAUGCAGUUUUGCACUGUGCGAUCAUUAUUGUGGCAUUUUGGAACUCAUGGAGCAAGAUCACGGGACACCUGCAUUCCUCCAAUCCUUCUGCAAGAUCUGAUUGUUCCAUGGGACAAGCCAACAGUUUCUGUUUUCAUCUCACAACCUACAGAAAGUGCCACAGCAACACCCACAUCAUCAGUUGCAGACAAUGCAAUCAAGAUUGAUGUAGUAAGCAAGCCAGAUGUACCAUCAACAAUACAGCUGGUUAGAACAGAAGAUUACAUGGGAAAUAAUGGAGACGUUAUUCUGAAAGUACCAAUUCCCAGACUGAAACCCAAGUCUCAUUCAAAUCAGUAUGUCAAAAAAGAUAAGUUUGUAAACAUACUACCAAAGAUACCUACAGGUGAUGGGCAAGUGUCAGGUCAGUCCACCCAAGCUAGCCCUCAGCCAGCACUGAUCCGGCCAUCUGGAUCACCUACCCCACAGAUCACUGUUCAUCCUCAGCCAGCAGUUCAGUCCACAGUCAGUAUACCUUCAGAUCAGGCAUCAGCAACUCAGUCUCAGGUUCCAAAGAUCACCAUUAGGGCAAGUAAUAAACUUCAGAUUCAGCCAUUGGCGUCAUCGCAGUCUACGGUGCAAGUGCAGUCACCAUCAACAGUUCAGGUACAGCCAUCAUCAUUACAAGUACAGCCUCAGUCUGCAGUACAAUUACAGCAAUCAACAGUGCAAGUUCAGCCCCAGUCUGGGACAAACUCCAACAGGAGUGCAAGUCCAGCCAUCACCUGCAUUGCAAGUUCAGCCCAUUGUAACAACUAGUAAGGGUUCUUCUGCUGCUCCUAGUCAUAUAACUUUAAUCCCUAUGGACAAGUUAACUGCAGUAGGUCAGACCAUUAAUCCAAGGGGAUCUAAGCUUAACCCAGCUCCCUUGAGAAUGGUAGCCCCCUCAACAAUGCCUGUCAAAUCGUCAAACACAGUGGACAACGUGCUGGAGAAGGAUGGCUUGGUUAUGAUCAACUCAAACCUUGCUCUUCGCAUAGUAUCCUCCUUGCCCAGCAGUUUGGACAGUGCAACUAACACAACAAAUACGACCACACUUAGACCAAUAGCUAGUCAAUCCACAAACAACCUGACUAUUGUGCCACAAACAGAAAGCAACAAGCUAAUCAGCUCCUCUAAGAUAGAGAGUGCAAAAAGUCCUGACAUUCUUACAAUUGUUCCUCAAGUUGAUUUGAAUAAAAAAGUUUCACUGUUAAAAUCUGGGAGUUCAGUGUCUGGCAGCCAAGUUGCUAGUGCAUCACCAAAACAGCCAUCAACAGCCCAGUCCCAGGUUGUAAAGCUGUAUCUCCUUCAACCCAAAGAUCCAAAAGCAAAUGGGGGUUCACUAAAAUCAGGCAUUACAUCGGAAGCAACUAAUGUUAAUGGCAUAGAAAUACCACUUCCUCUACCUAAUGGAAAUGAAAAACUCAACUAUAGAGAAGUAGAGGUGAAAGAUAAUACAUCAGAAUCAUCUAAUGGAUCCCCUGAGUUUAUGUGCUGUGACAAUGGAAGAUGAGAAUCUAGAAGCUUUAAACAAUGCAAGCCAAACUACCCAGUCUGGUGGGUCCUCUCCUGCCACGUCACCUGAUAAGGUUAUCAUAAAAAAGUUGCCAGUGAGGCCCAAAGGCAAAAAUGGACAAGCUGUUGAUAUUGUGAAAUAUGAGGCCCGAAAGUAUGUGUGUUGCUAUUGUAACAGGAGAUUUGGAUGGUCAACUGAUCUCAAGCGCCAUGUUAUCCUCCACACUGGUGAGAAACCUUUCCAGUGUAAAGUGUGCCCAACAGCAUUUACCAGAAAGUUCCUUUUACAGAAUCAUAUGAAGAGAAUGCACCCAGACAAGUGUAAGAUGUCAGACCUGUGGCCUUAGGAAAGUUUAGGCUGUUAUGGUCUUUAGCUUGUUAUAAUAUAGCCAGUAGAUGAGUGAUUUUUAUAAUGAGUUGCACAGACAACAUAGUUGUUGAUAUUGGUGCUGAAAAAAGAGAAAGAUUAAUAUUCAAGUACACAAAUUGCCAUGAUGUACACCUUUGGGAGUUCAUGCAUGUGGAUGCUUGGACACUAGUCAACAUAUCCUUUUAAAGUCAAAAGAAUUAUAUCAUACUUUUCAGAUUUCUAAAAUAUAGAAGAUGUAUUAUUAGUAAAGCAUUUGUAACAGGUCCUAUUUGGGAAUCCUUUCUUGAGUGUUCUUUGUCCCUUGCAAAGUAAAAUAUUUUUGUUUUAGGAUAAUGAAGGUAUAGAAAUUAUUGAAGAGGUCAUGACUUUUUUUUAUUAGCUUACAAAAAAUAUGCUAAUUGAGAGUAUGACUUAAUUAUGUUUUGGGGAGAAAUACUUUCAAUUUUUCUUACUUGGUUUUCUGCUCACAUAGCUCUUGAGAAAUCUAUAUUUUUCCACAUACAAUCUUGAACCAUGGAUGGCAUUUGUCUAAGGAAAUUAAGGAAAAAGAUGGGGUUGUACUAUAUAUACUGAUGGACAUAUUCAUUUUUUUAUGAUUACUUAUAUUCCAAUCUUAUUUUGUUGAUUUAUCAUAUUCAUUUUUCUAUCUAUAAUUUUUUUGAGUUAUGCAGGUUACCAAAGAUAAUUACAUUCAUGUAUCAUAAGGCAAGGAAAAAGGAAUGAAUAUGAAAAUUUAUAACAAUGAUGUAAUUAUUGUUUUUUAUUAUUUUCAUUACUAUGAUUAUGUAA